UCCGUGGAAAGUAAGUGAGUGAAUGAAUGUAUCAUGCAGGCGUGGGUGCAUGCAUGAUGAUGGGUCGGCUGCGUCCAUAUUGCUCUGUCCAGACAUGAUGAAUUCCCUACCGGACCUGUCGUGUCGUCGUGUCGUGUCGUGUCUUGUCUCUGUCUUGUGGUGUGGUGGUGGUCGUGGCGCGGAUCCCUGUCGGGGAUGAAAUGGACUUUCGGUUUCCCAUCUUUCGCAGCGUCUGUGCAUGACUGACCAUCAGCCCUGGCUAGCCCGCCAGCCAGCUAACUAAGUAGCAGCUAAUCGAGGCAGAGGGAAGAGCGAGGGGUCCGCUGCCGGGAUCUGCUGCUUGCUGGGAUGCGCUGCCUGCCUCUGUCCCUGCUUGCCUGCCUGGCCUGCUUUGCUUGCCCACCCACCCGCCUGCUCGCCGGUGCGCUACGAGCUUUGGUACCGUCCGUCCUUUCCAGCCAUGUAUGAAUAAAGCUUCCGUCCAUCCUGUCCCACUGCUCCCAUUGCUCACCCUGCCUGCUUGCUUGCUACACCCACUCCACACCCAACCUAUAACAACCUCUGCCACCACCACCCCUCUACCUAUCCUUACCUCACAUCCACCUCCACCUCUCCUCCUCACCUCCACCCUCUCUGCCUGCUCUCUCCGGGACCUUGCUCUUCACUCACUCACUCACCACCACCACCACCACCACCUCACCUCGUCGGCACCCAUUGCUUCUCGUCUCUUGCUGCCCGAGCGUCUGCCUGCCUGCCUUUGUGCUGUCUAGCUAUCCAAAAGAGCUCUACUCCCCCAAGUGCCUUUCCAUUCCGCGCUUCACGUGCGUCAUUCUCUGCGAGCCGCGCAUUCCCCUCUACACGCGGACCCGCGACCACCAGCAAAUCAUGGACGGCAAGAACGCUUCUGGCCGCCUAAUUUCUCUUCUCAACGACAAUCCGGCCCCUCCGCAGCCUACACGCCUGCCUUCUUUCACGCCUUCUCUCCGCUCCAGAACCUCUAGCUACAGCUCUUCACCCGCCAAUUCUCCUCCUACACCCCCUCUGGUGCGCAGCAACUCUUCGUACUCCACCGACAUGCAAACCCCGUCCCCCAUCACCCCAGAGUUCGCUUUUGAGGGUCUUCCCAGCCAAAGUCUUGCUUCGCCCGUCUUUGCCCAGGGCAGCUUCUUUCCCACCCAAAAAGAGCUCUCCGGCUCUGUCUACUCCUCCAUGCCCCACCAGUCGGGUCCUCUCCCUUACCACGCAAAUCCAGCUGCGGCCUCGCAAUCCGCCUACUACAGCUCGCAGCAGGUCCCCGAGAACCAGAACAGCUCUGUCUCGGCGAACCCUCGCUCGAAAAAGAACAGCUACCCUUGCCCCGUCGCAAAACAGUACAACUGCAGCGACCACUUCACCACGUCCGGCCACGCCGCACGCCACGCAAAGAAGCACACGGGCAAGAAGGAUGCUUUCUGCCCCGAGUGCAACAAAGCCUUCACCCGCAAAGACAACAUGGAGCAGCACCGCCGCACACAUCAAAGCGGCCGCAACGUAGCCAAAGGCGGCGAUGUCCAGAUCAAGAAGGCCAGACAAGCGGCCAAGCGACCCAAGCCAUCUCCGCUCCAGUCUUCUCACCCCACCAUGUCCUCCAUGUCUUCAAUGUCUUUGGUCGACCCCGCCCUGUCCGUCAGCCCAUCCACCUCUUUUCACAUGGCUCCUGCCGUGCAACACCCCGACCUGGACUACCCACAACGGUCGCCCUACCCCGAUCCAACGGCGUAUUCCAUGACACACUGCUUCUCUGCGGGUUCAUCAUACGGCCUGGAUGCCCUCGCUAUUGCGGCGAGUGGGGAGAAGCGAAAGUACGAGUCAUAGAAGGCUUGUGCUUUCUGUCUUCUGGGUUUUCCCGCUUCACUAUUUCCAUUAAUCUCGCUUUUUCAUUGCUGUGCGGACCAGUGGACCGAACAAAAAUCACGGCUUCACGCAAUAGACGCAUGCCGUCAAGGCUAUGACUUUAAAAUGGAGUUUUGGGGGCAGCGACAAGGUGUCCUGCCAUACAUUCUGGGGAUUCUCCCAUCAUUUUUCUUGUCGCUCUACUUUCAAUGUACACUUUCGAACGUUUGCAACGACUUUGGUCGCCUUUCUAGUUUUUUUUUAUUUUCUACACCCAAGUGGUCGUGGCUAGGCGUCUUUCUCGGGUCAGCUUCAGACAGUGCUUUUGUAGGGUUUCCUCCGAGGAUUCUAGGGCAACAUGGAUACCCCGCCCUUGUUUCAAGGAGCAACAACUUUUGGAAUUUCUCUCUUCUCUUUUUUCGAACUGCGUUUUCGAUUUCGGCUUAUUUACAUAGUGUUUUUUUUCU